AUGGCCGCCUUCGUGCGAGUGUCGGGCCCGCCGAAUGGUAACUUUCUGAUCGGCUACCCAGGUAUAUCAGCGACAAUGAAGCCACGUAUCGAAGGCAAGGUCGAGAUCAGGCCCAGCGUCGGCAUUACCGCUCCCGUCAAUGUGUCCCUGGUCACCAUAUCCCUCCAUCGCCGCGAGACAAUACAUCCCUCCGCCGAUUCCGUGACUAAGAAACACCUCGCUCCCCCUCGAAAAGAGAUCACCGAUAUUGUGGGCAAGGAGAUGCUCCUCUUCCGCUGCCCGGCCGGCCGAGAAUAUGAGGAAGUGAUAUCGAUGGACUUGCCAUUUGUCCUUUUCAUUCCAUUUGGGCGCGGUGGACCGGAUGCUUCGCGGAGGGUUCCUCCAGCCAGUCUGCAACUUCCUAGUCGCACUGCGGAAACGUUCUACGAAAUAGUUGUCAUGGUUCAACAAGGACACUCGGACCAGAGGAAAUAUACAUUUCCGGUUCCUAUCUCACGAUACGAUACUCUCUCCACGUUCGGAAUGUACAAUCGCCCCGAGACGGCGGAAAGGGUCUCGGAUCACCUAGUCACCUUGGGCAUAUCGUUGCCACGGUGGUCUUAUGGCCCUCUUGACCCUGUGAGCGUUUACGUCAAACUGUCGCCCAACCUCGACUGGAUUGGGAAAGCCAGGAAAGUUACCAUAAGCAAAAUAACCAUUGCUAUUGAUGAGGAGAUAAUUUACAACCAUGAGGGCGAUGAGCCACAGCGGAAAGUGAGAACCUUGACGAAGAGAACGGAAGCAAUUGGGGUAAAACUACCUCCAUCGGGGUUCUUGACGAAUCUCGGCCUGGUUUUCCCGGCCAAAGAUCUGCGGGAUUCGAAAGGAGUUCUCCCAAGAGGGGACGCGGCUUUCCCGACCUAUGCAGUGAGCGGGUUUACGACUACUGCGAGCCUUUAUAAGAUCGAAUACUAUUUAACAGUAAAGGCCCACUUGACGUCUGCAAGGGAUAUUGUCAUCCGACAACCGAUAGUUGUCUGUCCACUGGAUCAUGCGGGCUGCAAAGAGGAGAUGGAAGCUAUUGAACAGGCUGCUCGGGAAGCGGUCCAUAUAAAUCCAGAUAACCCCAUGCUACCCCUUCCUUCUAUUGUGCGACCUAGCGACCCCAAUGCUCUCCGUCACCUGGGGGUGGCUAUUGUCGGUAAUCAAAAGAAGCCUCUAAUAGACUGAGCCACAUCAAAUCCUCACCAUCAUGAAACUAAGGGACACCAGACUCGCUCGGUCACGGGGUGUUUGCCCCAUCUUUGAUGCGCGCGGUUAUAGCCUGACUACGUUGUUUAAUCCUUUCACAUUCGGCAUGCUUGCUGCGGACGCAAAAAGCGUCAUUACGUCUUACGAAUGCAUGGGCCACGGAGUUUUCUUGUUGCAUGGUUUUCCUGGUAGCCAUUUCUUUCCAUCUUCUCUUGGCCGGAGCAAAACUGGGUGUUUGGGUUGACUUUGCUUCACAUCUAGGAAGGGCUGGGGGAGAGGUUCCAUUUUGGUUCUGUGCGCGUGCUUUCCCAUGCAUCUUCUAGCUGUGUAUGCUCAAUAUAAUAUGUAAGAUCUACCUGUUGAGGCUUGAUUUUGGAUGCGAAGGAUGGGGGAACUAUGGCAACUAGAUUUGAUUUCAACGAUAUAGGAUAUUGGACAGAUAGAUAUUCUCAUCAGCAUGAUUCAAGACUUUUC